UGUCUCCGUUUUCGUUUUCGGUAAGGGGGAAUAAAAAGGAGAGCGAAGUAAUGGCGCUACAAGGAAAUAAAAAGGGGAAUUAGAAAGCGAUGCUGAACUUGUGUAGGGCAGCGCUUACUUUUCUAAGGCUCUCUGGUAUCGAUGUCGAAGAUGGCCGGCGCAACGAUCCUCGCCGCCGAUGCCGGAAUAUUCCCCACGAGUAUCUCGACGGGCUCCGAAUCGUCGUCGGCGAUCUGUUGCAGUCGCCGAAUGUGGUAAUGUCCUCUGCCGUCAGGAAGCCUCCGCGGGAGAGGGUGGACGCAGGAUCCCGCGGCCUCCACGAUAUCGUCUACGACGAAGGGCUGCGCAUGUGCACGGAGGAUCUUGGAUCGGAGAGCGGCGACGGGAGGAUGGAGGCGGAGGAGACCGAGGCGCCGGGAUCGAGGAGCGGGACUCUACCAUGGCGAGGGUUGAAGGAAGCUAGGAAGAAGCCACGGCCGCGGCCCCCGAUCCCGCCGCCGCUUCCCUGGUUGGCUAACGGGCGGACUCGGUUUUUAAGAGCGGUGAGAGAAGGUGGGCGGAUCCGGAUGACAGAGGUCUUGAUCGAGCCGCCGGUGGAGGUCCUCCGCGCCACCCGCGAGGGUGGACGCCUCCGUUUGGAUCUCGUAAUCCUAUCUGAAAGCGAAGAAAAGAGCUUCGCCGGCUGCAAACCGGUUGAUGAAGUGCGAAACGGAGUGACAAAAAUAGCGGAGGAGGAAGAAGAAGAAGAUCAAGAAGAUGGCGAUGACGACGCAGAAGAAGAUGCUAAGACGGAAAAGACUACAGAAGAAGUGGAGGCGGAGGUAAGAUCGCCGACGGCGAUGGUGGUGAUACAGACGAGGAGCGGUGAGGAGCGGAGGUGUCAGGAUAUGUUGAGCGGUUACGGCGUCCCGACGUGGUGGAAUCACCGCAGCUUGAUGACAGCGUGAACCGCGCAGGUGCGUCACAACGGCGUCGCACGUGCGUGUGGCGUCACUUUCUUGUUCUUAGUUUGUUUAUACUUUAUAGCCCCUCUCAGUGUUUCUGGAAUAACGGUUCGGUUUUCCAAAAGCGUAGG